GUAGAAGUUGACGAUAUUACAUUGAUAUUAAUACAUUAAAGAAAUGUUCCGUUCGAUCUUGAGCUCCGUCAGAGGGUCAGGAAUGGCCAGAGCAUCCAUAAAGGCCGCCACCCCGGCCACCGCAUAUCUCAAGACUAUCCGUAGUGUCACUCCUCAAUUGAACACAAUGGGAAUCUUUGGAUCUUUCCAAAAGAGAUAUGCCACCUUGAAUCAAAUCAGAUAUGGUAAGCAAGGAGAGCCAGAAAAGAGAGUGAUCUCCAAGGCUCCAGAUUUGGAUAACAACCCGUUCAAGAAGGGUGUUGUGUUACGUGUGAUGAUUGUCAAGCCAAAGAAGCCUAACUCGGCUCAAAGAAAAUGUUGUCGUGUUCGGUUAAGUAACGGGAAGGUUGUUUCUUGUUUGAUUCCAGGGGAAGGUCACAACUUACAAGAGCAUCAUGUUGUGUUGGUCAGAGGUGGCCGUGUUCAAGAUUUACCGGGUGUUAAGUACAAGUUGGUUAGAGGUGCACAUGACUUGGCUGGUGUUGCCAACAGAACCACUUCUAGAUCCAAGUACGGGGUUAAGAAGCCACAAUCGUAGACAUAUGACUUUACAUAGAUGAGUUAAUAGGGAGAAGGGGUCGUUCCCCCUUGUUCUUGUAUAUAUAAUGAACAGGUAAGAUAGAAACAUA